CCGGCAGCGGCACGACGACGAUGACGAGACCGGACGCGACGGACCCGAGCGGAACGCGGCGUCGCGCGGCCGCGAUGUGCGCCGUGUCCGCCUGUCUGCUGAUGGCCGCGGCGCACUGGCCGCGGCCCGUCGACGGUGCCCACGUGCUGGCCGUGCAGACGGUGCCGGCCAAGAGCCAUUGGUACUUCAUGAGAGGCGUGCUGCGCGCGCUGGCCGACCGCGGACACCGGGUCACCGUGUACACCCCGUUCCCGGACCGCGCGGCCGCGGCCCACGGCAACUACACCGAAGUGGACACGCUGUCCGAGUACGGCGACCAGGUGAUCGUCGGCAUGGACCUGACCACGGUGGCGACGCUGGCGCGACCGUUGUUCAUGGUACCGUUCAUGGGCAAAACCAGCCGUUUUAUUUGCGACAUCAUGGACGGGCUGCGGCUGUCCGACGCGGGCCCGUACGACGUGUUCAUCGCGGAGCCGGCGAGCUGCGAGUGCGUGUCGGUGGCCGCGCGCCGGCUCGGCGUGCCGCUCGUCUACACCGUGCCCGCGCCGCUGCAGCCGUGGGUCGAGACGGCCGCGUUCGGCCACCACGUCAAUCCGGCUUACGUGCCGCACGUGUUGUCCGCGUACUCGGUGCUCGACACGUUCUAUCGGCGACUGCACAACGUGGGCCUGCACGUGUGCACCGUGUACUUGCACCACCUGUACGUGACCGUGGCCGCGGCCGUCCAGCCCAAGCACUACGACCUCGAGCCGCCCGUCAAACCGUCGCUGGUUUUCGUCAACACUCAUUACGCGACCGAGCCGUCCAGGCCGGUGCCCGUCAACCGCGUGGACGUGGCCGGCAUACACUUGAAACGGCCGAAACCGUUGCCUAAGGAUAUUUUAGAAUUUAUCGAAGGUGCGCCACACGGAGUAAUUUUAUUUACAUUCGGCACAGUCGUUGCGAUCUCGACACUACCGGACCAUAUUCAAAAAGCGUUCAAAGACGCAUUGGCCGAAGUUCCUCAAAGAAUUUUGCUAAAACACGAGGGGGAAAUGACGGACAAGCCGGAAAAUGUGAUGACAAGAAAAUGGCUCCCGCAACGAGACAUACUCGUGCACCCGAACGUCAAGCUGUUCAUUUGCCACGGAGGGAUAUCGGGGGUGUACGAGACGGUGGACGCUGGUGUUCCGGUCCUAGGAUUCCCGUUGUUUUACGACCAACCGAGGAACAUCGCAAACCUAGUGGACGCGGGCAUGGCGAUUUCGUUGGACCUGAUGUCGGUGGACAAGGACACCCUUUUGAAUGCCAUUAACACGAUCAUUAACGAUGAGACGUAUUCGCGAAACGCGAAAAUAACGUCCGAACGGUUCAAGGACCGGCCGAUGUCACCGGCCGAAUCCGUUGUGUACUGGACGGAGUACGUUAUCCGUCACAAAGGAGCACCGCAUUUGAAAUCGCAAGCAUUUAAUCUGACGUGGUACCAAUACUAUUUACUGGACGUGUUCGCCGCGGUCUUAUCGACCGUGUUCAUUGCACUCUACGUUAUUUACAAAAUGUCCAAAUGUUUUUAUCGAUGCGUUUUUAAACCCUCGCCGAAACCGAAAUCGAAACGGGAAUAGUUCAAAGGAACAUUACACGUUAUCGGUUAACGGACGUAUUCAAACGUGCGACCACUGUUAAAUUAUUAUAAAUAGAAAACUAACACAUGUACGGUUAUGAUCGAAACCGUGUAUUCUUAAAUUCAGAUUCUACCACUUACUACUCUACCCAAGAGAGGAACGUACGAAAAAUUACAACGGUUAAAACGCUGUCUAUUAUCUGAUUUUUAAAACCACUUUGGUUAAUUCGUAAACUGUUUACACUAGAUAGCGCUUGGAAUUCGUAUUAAUUUUCAUUUGUCCCGUAAUUGAUUUUAUGAAACUAUCGUUACGUUAUUAAUUCUAUAGAUUUUUUGUUAAUGAUUGAACAUUCGGUUCGAUUUGUCAACGUUACCGGUACACGGGUCUUCAUUUAUUUACUGUGAAUUAUUUAUUAUUAUUUAUUUAAUAUAUUUUGUUAGAAAUGAAAUAUAUUUGGUUUACACGUGAACGUUAUCGGUAAGACAUUCUUAUGUAAACGCCAACUAAGAAAUCGCUUUUAAUUUCUAAUGUUAUUUAUUACAAAUUAUCAAUAUUUUUAUUUAUUCAUGUUAUAAUAUUACUAUUGGUACGAAUAAAACAGAAUUCAAAAUAAAAUUUACACAUAGCGUUCGUUCAUUGUUAACCAUUACUACCGCAGCGUAUAGGAUCCACUCUAUUCAUCUGCUGUAAUAGUAAUUUUUAUAGUGCGUUUAAAAAUAAGUAUUUUUCGCAAAAAUUGAUAUUGAUUUAAUCAAUAUGCGAAAUACCAUGUAAGCUUUACACAUAAAAAGUGAUUAA